AUGCUUCCUUCACGCUACGUCAAACACUCUCCUGCUCCAAAGGAGUCCGUCUCUGUCCAAGUCUUAGUUCUCGGAGAUAUUGGCCGAAGCCCACGCAUGCAGUACCAUGCGCUAAGUGUUGCUAGACAUGGUGGAAGAGUUGAUAUCAUUGGCUAUCAUGAAUCUCCCCCUCACCCCGAUCUUCUUUCCAACCCUAGGGUUAAGAUCUAUCCAUUGGCACCUCCACCAAGUUUAUUAAAGUCUAAGUCAAUUCCAUUUGUCAUCUCUGGGCCUUUGAAAGUGCUGUGGCAGAUAUGGACCCUCUUUCAAGCGUUAGGUUAUCAGACACCGCCUGCAAGAUGGCUCUUAGUUCAGAACCCACCCUCUAUUCCAACUCUUGCCAUUGCUCUUCUUAUCUCUAUAUUACGCAAUACCCAUCUCAUGAUUGAUUGGCACAACUAUGGCUGGACAAUCCUUGCAGGGACAAAGGGGCGGGACCACCCCUUUGUGAAAAUAUCGAAGGCCUACGAAUGCGCCUUGGGUCAGGCAGCUCCCACCGCCAAUAUCACCGUUACCCAUGCAAUGAAGAAGCAGCUAGAACGAGAACCUUACAAUGUUACGGCGCCAAUUCUUACCCUCCAUGAUCGACCAGCUUCCAUCUUUCAACCCCUGAAAUCCGUACCGGACCGCAGGGACUUUCUCGAGAAGCUACCAGAGACGCGAGAUUUCGCCUCGAAUAUAAUUGCAGGCCAAACUAGGCUCAUAGUGAGUAGUACUUCAUGGACACCUGACGAGGAUUUCUCGCUCUUGCUCGAGGCAUUGGUCACGUACGCUAGGGAUGACGCCGUUCGUCCGAUCAUUGCGAUUAUCACGGGUCGUGGUCCCCAGAAAGCAUUUUACGAGGAAAGAAUCCAAGAACUAGAAAAAGCAGGGAAACUACCUAAUGUUCGCAUACUAACCGCGUGGCUUACGAUGGAGGACUACGCCAAGCUUCUAAGCUGUGCCGACCUUGGAAUAUGUCUUCACAUGUCCAGCUCGGGUGUUGAUCUACCUAUGAAAGUAGUGGAUAUGUUCGGGUCGGGACUGCCAGUCGCGGCUUACUCGGGGUAUGAAAGCUUUAGCGAGUUAGUUAAGGAUGGCGUAAAUGGAUGUGGUUUCGAGAAAGCGGAAGAAUUAGCUGUUAUACUGAAGCGGCUAUUCAGCGACGAGGGAUCAGCCGAGCUCCAGGUCCUACGUCGGGGAGCUAUAAAAGAGAGUGAUUUACGAUGGGAUGAGGAGUGGGAUCGUGUUUUGGGUCGUGUAUUUGGGGUCAUCAACUGA